AUGGCGCAAGUGAUCCCCGAACUCGAGGAGGAGCUACGCGCCCUAGAUCUUGAGCUCGAGGAAGGGGACAUCACCAAGAAAGGCUACGACAAGCGUAGGACACAGUUAUUGUCCAAAUACCUUGCGCCUGCACCAACAUCGACGGCCGAUCCAAAGCGAGUCCUUCGAGUCCACCAAGCCGAUGACAAUGUUAGCUCAGCUUCCUCUCGAGAUGAUUUCCGUGCAGAAUCCUUGUUACGCCUCGAGGGCGCUCGACGUGAGAGCGCCGCCUCUAGUAAUGGAACCAUGUCUCGCCAAAGCAAUGCCUACGACCUCUCUGCUUCGUCGCAACCACCAACACAUGCGUCGCGCUUCAUACAGCAACAAGUCGGUGGUCUGGGUAGACAAUCGUCUAUGCCUUCAAUGGAAGAUCGUCGUAACACCUUGACAGUUGCUACAGGGUCAGGAUCAGGCGAUAAUUCAAGAGCUCAGUCUCUGAUGCACCAGGACUUUGCUUUCAACCCAGAGCAGCAAGGUGCUUAUACUGCUGCACCAGAUACAAGAGCCUCGACGCUGCUCGACUCCCAGGGCUAUUUCUCCGACUUUGCAGGUCAGCAGAGAGAAGAGCAGGACAACUACGGUGGACACAUGCACAGGUACUCUGACAGUGGUGUCACUUCUCCCACUGCGCAAGUGCCUCCUCCUUUUCUCGGAGCCGGUCAGUUAGCUGGAGGUGCUGCUGUUCAUCUGAUGCCACUAGAGCCGCGCGAUGUGCCAUUCACCAUAUGUGAUCCCCACGAUGUGAACAUUGAGAUGAUGAGAUUCGAGAAUAUUGCCAUGGUCCUGCGUCAUCGAGCAAAGACAACCCCGAAACAGGCUGCAUACUGGGUGCUCGACAAUAAGGGAAAAGAGCUGGUAUCCAUCACAUGGGAGAAGUUGGCCAGUCGAGCUGAGAAAGUCGCCCAAGUCAUUCGUGAUAAGAGCAGUCUCUAUCGUGGCGAUCGCGUUGCCCUCAUCUACACCGAGAAUGAGAUUAUCGAAUUUACCGUGGCUCUACUUGGCUGUUUCAUUGCUGGUGUUGUGGCUGUUCCGAUUAAUGAUCUGAACAACUACAACAGACUCAAUGUUGUGCUAACAUCGACGCAGGCACAUUUAGCAUUGACAACCGAAGCAAACCUCAAGAAUUUUCAGCGCGAUAUUACCGCCGCCAAACAGAACUGGCCUCGAGGUGUUGAGUGGUGGAAGACGAAUGAAUUUGGCAGUUACCAUCCCAAGAAGAAAGGUGAAGAACCGCCUCUUGUAGUUCCCGAUCUGGCCUAUAUUGAGUUCUCGACCGCUCCUACAGGUGAUCUGAGAGGUGUGGUUAUGAGUCACAAGACCAUAAUGCACCAGAUGGCUACCCUCACCGCCAUGAUAACCACUGCAACCAGCAACUCCAGGAAUGACACUUUCAACCCAAAUCUGAGGGACAAGCAGGGUCAUUUAGUGACCGGCACACGUCAUGGCGAGACCAUCUUGACCUAUCUUGAUCCAAGGCAGAGCAUUGGCAUGAUUCUCGGUGUACUGAUGAAUGUCUAUGGAGGUCAUACUGUUUAUUAUAUUGACCAGAGGACGGUCGAAACACCUGGACUUUACGCACACCUCAUUACAAAGUAUAGGGUCAAUCUUAUGGUUGCUGAUUACCCUGGUUUGAAACGGGUCGUCAUCAACUACCAGGCCGAUCCAAUGACUACCAGGAACUUCAAAAAGGGCAUGGAGCCUAACUUCAGCACGGUCAAGCUAUGUAUGAUUGAUACACUCACAGUCGAUCCCGAGUUCCACGAGUUAUUGGCAGAUCGUUGGCUGCGGCCACUUCGUAAUCCUCGAGCUCGAGAAGUCGUCGCUCCCAUGCUCUGCCUGCCUGAGCAUGGUGGUAUGGCCAUCAGUAUGCGCGACUGGCUUGGCGGAGAAGAGCGUAUGGGCUGUCCGUUGAUUCACGAAGCCGAUCGUGACAAGCAGGGAGAAGAAGCCGACAAAAAGGACUCUGGCGCUAACUCUAGCCGGACUGGGUUCGGUAGUAGUUUGAUCGGUGGAGGCAGCAAAUCCAGUAAAAAAGAGAAAGUGAUUGAUGACCUUGGCGAAGUGCUCCUGGACAAGGAAGCGCUCAAAACAAACGAUGUUGUCGUCCUUGCUAUGGGCGCCGAAGCACGAGAAAAGGCUGCAUCUUAUCCAAAUGCUGUGAGAUGUGGCGCUUUUGGCUAUCCCAUACCUGACGCAACGCUGGCCGUGGUCGACCCGGAAUCAGGCCUCCUGUGCUCUCCGAACACUGUUGGUGAAAUAUGGGUAGAUUCCCCUUCACUAUCUGGCGGCUUCUGGGCUCUUCCCAGGCACACUGAAAUCAUCUUCCAUGCAAGGCCUUUCUGUUUCAACCAAGGUAACCCGACACCCACUGCUCUCGACAUGGAAUUUUUAAGAACAGGUCUGCUUGGCUGUGUGAUUGAAGGGAAAGUUUAUGUUCUAGGUCUGUACGAAGACAGGUUGCGCCAGAGAGUAGAAUGGGUCGAGCAUGGGUUGGCAGUCCAGGAGCACAGGUACUACUUCGUUCAGCACCUUAUACUGACUAUUAUGCGAAACGUGCCCAAGAUCCACGAUUGCUCUGCGUUUGACUGCUUCGUCAACGAUGAACAUCUCCCAGUACUGCUAUUGGAGACUGCAUCAGCCUCCACAGCGCCAUUGACUUCUGGUGGACCCCCACAACAGCCUGACAUUCCUCUUCUAGACCAACUGGCUGACCGAGCAAUCGAGGUUCUUUUACAAGAGCACCAACUUCGAGUUUACUGUGUCAUGAUAACGGCUCCUGGUGUUCUGCCGCGAGUGGUCAAGAACGGCAGACGCGAGAUUGGAAACAUGCUGUGCAGGAAGGAGUUUGACCGAGGCUCCUUGCCAUGCGUGCACGUCAAAUUUGGUGUGGAAAGAGCUGUGCAGAAUCUUGCAGUCGGUGAAGAUAUAGAAGGCGGUAUAUGGUCUCCAAUAUCCAGUGCCAUGCGCAACGAGCUGUUAUUCGAGCAAGAGAAGCAGUGGUCUGGAGCAGACUACCGCGAGGUCGUUAUCGAUGACCGAACGUCAACGUCGCUCAGCAAUUUCACAAACAUAUUUGAUUUGAUGCAAUGGCGUGUUGCGAGACAAGCCGAUGAGCUUGCCUACUGCACUGUCGAUGGUCGAGGUAAAGAAGGCAAGCCUUUGCCCUGGAAGAAAUUCGACCUCAGAGUGGCAUCCGUUGCCAUGUAUCUCAAAAAUAAGGUCAAGAUAAAACCAAGCGAUCAUGUCGUCUUGAUGUACACGCACUCUGAAGAAUAUGUCUUCGCAGUCUAUGCUUGCAUGGUACUCGGUGCGAUUGCUAUACCUGUUGCACCACUUGACCAGAACCGACUAUCUGAAGAUGCACCAGCUUUCUUACACAUCGUUGCAGACAUGAGCGUCAAAGCUGUCAUUUGCAAUACCGAAGUCAACGAUUUGUUCAAAGCAAAGAUGGUAUCGCAACAUUUGAAGCAAUCUGCACAAUACCUAAAAACACACAUACCGCCUGUCUAUAAUACUACAAAGCCACCGAAACAAUCACAUAGCUGCCGAGAUCUUGGCCUGACCAUUAAUCGUAACUGGAUCUCGUCUACCAAUCCUGUUAUUAUCUGGACAUACUGGACACCUGACCAAAGACGAGUAUCCGUACAGCUUGGUCACGAUACCCUCUUCGGCAUGUGCAAAGUGCAGAAGCAAACUUUCCAGAUGACAAGCUCGAAGCCGGUCUUGGGCUGUGUCCGAAGCACGAUCGGUAUAGGCUUCUUACACACAUGUUUGAUGGGUGUCUAUAAUGGUUGCGGCACGUACAUAAUGUCACCACUUGACUUUGCGCAAAAUCCUCAUCAAUUAUUCAUGGCAUUAUCGAGGUACAAGGUAAAGGAUACCUAUGCCACGACGCAGAUGCUCGACUUUGCCAUGGGCAACACAUCAGGGAAAGGCUUUUCGCUACAUGAACUCAGAAACCUCAUGAUAUCCACUGAAGCACGACCACGACAAGAUAUCUUCGCCAAGAUGCGCAUGCAUUUUGCACAAACUGGCCUGGACAGGACGGCCAUUAACACCGUGUAUUCACAUGUACUGAACCCGAUGAUUUCGUCGAGGAGUUAUAUGUCGAUAGAGCCGAUCGAGCUGUUCCUCGACACGAGAGCAUUGAGACGAGGUCUUGUCUACCCUGUUGAUCCGGACACUGAACCUGGUGCGCUCUGUGUGCAAGAUUCUGGAAUGGUCCCAAUCUCGACAAGAGUCGCCAUUGUCAACCCUGAAAGCAAUCAGCUCUGUCACGUUGGUGAGUAUGGUGAGAUCUGGGUUCAGUCGGAAGCCUGUGCCAAGUCCUUCUACAUGUCGAAGCAGGUCUUUGACGAGGAAAGGUUCAACGGCAGACUUGCUGGUGCUAAUUCAGAAGAACUAUAUGUCAGGACUGGAGAUCUGGGCUUCUUACAUAACGUGACCCGGCCAAUUGGCGCCAAUAACCAGCCCGUUGAGAUGCAGAUUCUAUUUGUGCUCGGCAACAUUGGAGAGACGUUCGAGAUUAAUGGUCUGAACCACUUUCCAAUCGACAUUGAGAACAGUAUCGAGCGUUGUCACGGUAACAUUACGCCCGGAGGAUGUGCAGUAUUCCAAGCUGGAGGUCUAGUUGUGGUCGUUGUUGAGGUUCGUCAAAAGUCAUGGUUAGCUUCGAUGGUACCUGUCAUCGUCAACGCUGUCCUGAACGAGCAUCAAAUCAUAACCGACAUUGUCGCCUUCGUCGGACCUGGCGACUUUCCACGAAGUCGUCUUGCUGAGAAGCAGCGGGGCAAGAUUUUGGCAUCGUGGGUAACAAGGAAGCUGCGAACCAUUGCACAAUUCGGUAUCAGAGAUCCCGAUGGCGAAGGAACGUUCUUUGACGCAAGAAGAGCAAGCACGAUGCUAGGAAGGACAAGCAUGCAAGAACCACGAAGUUCAAUCGCACCGUCAGAUAUUCAGCAAUCGCCAGCACCAGCUACACGUAACGAGACCAUGAGCCACAGAUCGAGCAUAAUGCCUGAGAUCCCUCUCAAUCUUCCACAGAACGAUUUCCAUAUCGAUACCUCGGAAUUCCUGGACCGCAGACCUUCAUCGCACGGCGCCUCAAUCGCAGACACACCAGCAGUAGCACUAAACGAUCGACCAUACUCACUACAGCAUAGCGAUUCACACGAAUUACCGACACACUAUCACGAAGACCACGCUUACCAGGGCAGUGACGCGAAAUUCUUCGACCCAAAUGCAGAUCCUGAACAACCAUACGGACCUUAUUCGCCGCAGGUGUCCUCCGACAACCUCCACGAAGCUAGCUCCGGUCGACCACGACUAUCGCUAGCAAAUCCAGAUAACUACGACGGCACAGAUAGUAACUCGAAUACGCCCACGACAGCCACGAACACAGCCACUCCUACAUCCGUCUAUCCCAUCAAAACCCUCGCAGUGACCAACGAUACCGACUCACCUGAUUCGGGAAGCCCGUUCCGCGACCAAGGUAACCCCUUCGAAGUCCCUGCUGGCGUUCCUUCGUGGUAUGUCCAGACACAGAGUAAUCAACGUACCGCAUCGCCUGUUACGAAAGCUCGAGCUUUGCUGCCUAGUCAGAUGCAGCAGAAUGUGAAUACUGGGAAUACGUAUAGUGCAGUUACCACUACCACUUCACCAUAUCACUCUGCGACCCUAAGCCCGCGAUAUGGUGGGGAGUCUGUGUACGAAAGAGACGUGCACAGGAUACCGCGCAAGCCUUCGCCGUCACCGUCGAGAGAGAUGUUGAGGCAGGACGCGGAUCAGGGGUUGCAGCCUGGCGGUGGACUCAAUGUGAGGCAGAGUAUGGAUGUUAAGAGCAUGAGCAGUGUGAGAAGGCGGUAUGACGGGAGUGGAUGGGGAGACUGA